CAAUCCUAACGUUACUACACUUAUUCCAUUCUCCAAUUCAAUGGGUUCCGAAGUAGUAGAACAACAACAACAACCUAUUCCAAACCCAACAACAACACAAGCUAUAAACACAAACACUCAAAACGCAUCCGAUGAAUCCUCAACCGAAAAACCCAACCGAAUUCAAAAUAUUGCUUCUACCGAAAAUCACGCCAACGGUAACAUUCCUCUCACAAUCGUGCAGCCUCAUUCACUUCUCCCUAAGCCAGUGCCCCCGUCUCGUAGAAACGACGUCGUUCCGUCAACAUUCGGAAAGUUCCUACGCCAGCGCAGCAACGACCUGUCGUCCGCAAUCUCGAGAGGGAUCUCGUCUCUGAAGCACACGAUCGACGAGAAAAACGACGAGUCGUUUAACAAGAAGAAGAGCGACGACGUGACGGAGUUCAGCCUCUCCGGCCUCAAGGUCGUUGUGAUGGUGAAAAACGACGCGUCGUUCGCGAAGGGACGAAUCAGCUUCUUCUCGAGGUCGAAUUGCAGAGACUGCGCUGCGGUUCGGAGGUUCUUGAGGGAGAGAGGGUUGAGGUUCGUGGAAAUCAACGUGGACGUGUACGAUGAGCGAGAGAAUGAGCUUCGAGAGAGAACGGGGAGUUCCACGGUGCCGAAGAUUUUCUUCAACGAGAACCUAAUCGGAGGAUUGGUGGAGCUGAACGCGCUGAGGAAGAACGGCGAAGGCGAUUUCGAGAAGAGGUUGAUGGAGAUGUCCGCGGCGGCGAACGGAAAGUUUUCCGGCGACGCUCCGGCGGCUCCGGUGUACGGUUUCGACGAGAUAUCCGAGGAGGAGGUGGAGGAUGAGAUGGUGAAGGUGGUGAGGGUGUUGCGGCAGAGGUUGCCGAUUCAGGACCGUUUGAUGAAGAUGAGGAUUGUGAGGAACUGCUUCAGUGGUAGCGAGUUGGUUGAGCUUCUCAUUCACCACCAUGGCUAUGCUUCUAACAAGGCUGUUGAGAUUGGAAAACAGUUAUGCAAGAAGCACUUCAUCCAUCCUGUUUUCGGGGAAAAUGAUUUUGAGGAGGGAAACCACUUCUAUCGAUUCCUUGAGCAUGAACCGUUUAUCUCCAAAUGCUUUAAUUUCCGUGGUGCCACAAAUGAUAGUGAACGGAAGACUGCAGCUGCAGUUUGUGAUAGGCUUACCAAGAUUAUGUAUUCCAUUCUUGAGUCUUAUGCUUCUGAUGACAGGAGACAUGUUGAUUAUGGUGCCAUUAGCAAAAGCGAGGAAUUUCGGAGGUAUGUAAAUAUGACCCAGGAUCUGCAGCGGGUGGAUGUCAUGGAACUUUCAGAAAACGAGAAGCUUGCCUUCUUCCUAAAUUUGUAUAAUGCCAUGGUCGUCCAUGCUGUUAUUAGAGUAGGGUGUCAAGAAGGUGUAAUUAAUAGGAGAUCCUUCUCUGAUUUCCAGUAUUUGAUAGGAGGACAUCCUUAUUCUCUUAGUACUAUUAAAAAUGGUAUCCUCAGAAGCAAUCGGAGGUCACCAUAUUCCUUAGUCAAGCCCUUUAGCACAGAAGACAGGCGUUUAGAGCUUGCUCUUAUCAAAAUGAAUCCGUUAAUUCAUUUUGGACUUUGUAAUGGCGCAAAGUCGAGCCCAAAUGUGAGGUUCUUCUCACCCCAUAGAGUUGCUGAAGAAUUGAGAUGUGCUGCUAGAGAGUUCUUUGAGAAUGAUGGAAUUGAAGUGGACCUGGAGAAGAGGACCAUUCAUCUCACUCCAAUUUUGAAGUGGUACACUAUGGAUUUCGGACAAGAGAGAAACAUACUGAAAUGGAUAAUAACUUAUUUGGAUGCAACUAAAGCUGGUCUUUUGACACAUCUCUUAAGUGAUGGUGGUCCUGUUAAUAUCUCUUACAAGAAUUAUGAUUGGUCAAUAAAUUCUUGAAUAGUUAGUAAACCGAUUUGAUUCAGCUCCUGUAGCUACUGAAUUUGACAGAUAUUAAUUGUACAUAUCCCAGAUUUUGAUUUCUUAAUCUGUCGUCCAAACAA